AUGGAACACGAAGGACUACUCGGUGGCUUCAAGAAUGAUGAACCAAAGUCUGCAAAUCGAAAUUCACGAUACCAAAUUGUAAUAGCUGUUCUGGCGUUAUUGCUGAUUAGCGCAUGGAGUCAAAUUAACAACUCAAAAAUAUCAACAAAUGACGCAUAUGGUAUAGGAGGGCUACUUCCUGAUUUUAUUUCCAAUCUGUAUGCUGAUAAACAAGAGGAUUUACUUUUUGCCUAUAAAUCAUCCGAUUGCCCCUACGAGGAGUGGAAUCAGCUCACAACUACUGAACUUUCAAGAAAAAAAGAAAUCCAUGACGAAUAUUUUAGAAAAAUGGAUUUUGAACAUUUUCACCCAUUUCUCUAUCACACCAAACCGUCGGCCAUGUCAGCAUUCGCACAUAAGGAUCAGAUCGUUGUGACCCUGACUUCAGAGAAUAUGAUGCAUGCAACAAUGUAUUGCCGUUAUUACGAUUGCCGCCGGAGGGAAAUCAGCGUUCCAUUUAAAAGUGCAAUUUUUCACAAGUCAACUGUAUUUUGUGCUAGACGCCCUAAUGCUAAGUAUAUUGCAAUUUCUGCAACUGCGAAUGAAAUCCCUGAAUAUUCGAUUCCAAUAGUUCCAAGAAUUGAGAAGCCACCUCACUACUUCACUGUUUGCAUGGCACCUCUUUAUGGGGAUGAAGCAAAGUUUCUGCAAAUCGUAGAUUUCAUUGAGUACCAUAAGCUUCAAGGAGCAACAUUUUUUCACAUUUACUUGAGAAAUGUUUCUGACUAUGAUAGAAUGCUGUUAGAUGAGUAUGUCAAAACGGGAGACAUUGAAAUAAUCAAAAUGCAUGAUCACUUUUGGAGAGCUGAUUAUAUGUGGCACGACGCUCAAAUUAAUGAUUGUCACCACCGAAGCAAAUAUUUUUCAAAAUGGACAGCAUUUAUCGAUAUUGAUGAACGAUUGGAGAUGAACGGUGCUCAAUUCAAAACAGUAGUCGAUUAUUUAGAUACGUUCCACACGGCGUCCAUUGCGAAUCUUCAUUUUCGAGUGAAGUGGGUUAUGAAGCAUAACAAUACCCCAGAGAGAUAUGAAAAUGAUAAACAGUUGACCAGUGAAAUGCUGUUUCACAAAUACCAAAACCUUUCCCGGAUCGGCAAGGUUUGGCAACAGCCAAAGUGCAUUAUUCGCCCGGAAAAUGUUGCAUUUAUGACAAUUCACCAACCAUUGACAAUGUACAAAGGAGAAAAAGACACGAUUGUUGAUGAAAACAUUGGGUUUAUUAGGCACUAUCGAAAUAUACAACAAAGAGUUUUUCGGGAAUCUCCUGAUGGAAUGGUGAAUGCAAUGAUGUCUCAUGGUCCAUACAGCAUUCAACCUAUAGAUCAGUGGAUUGAGAAAAAUUUGACGGAAAAUAUAUUGAGCCGAGUCAAACUAGUCUACGAUAUUGUCGAUGUGACGUGUGAUCAGAAAAAGAAAAUGUAUGAUGUUGAACAAGUGACUGCACCAUGUACAAUUGGAAAACAGGACUUGUUCACGAAACAAUAA